AUGGCACUUUCUACUGUAUCGGCGCUCGCGUUCUCGGUGUUCUUGGUUGUCCACAAUGACCGAUUCCAGCCGUUUGAGGCAGCUGUCGGCUUUGCAGUUUUUGGAUACUUCUUCACGUGUAUGUUGAUCCCACGACUGGUCCCCAUGUUUGUCAAAAGAGGCCUUUUUGGGAAGGACAUGUCGAAAGUGGGGAAGCCGGUGACUCCGGAGACAAUUGGCGUGAUUCCAGCAGUGUGUUAUCUGUUUCUCAUGAUUCUCUUCAUACCGUUCAUGUACGUCCGCUACUACUACAACCAAUCAGACAACUCGGUGGCCCUUUCGGAACCGGCAAGCCUCUUCCCGAAUGGGAAGCUUUCGUCGUUCCUAAGCGGGAUGCUCUGCCUUGAAUCGAUGAUUCUUUUGGGCAUGAUGGAUGAUCUUUUCGACAUUCGCUGGAGACACAAGUUCUUCCUCCCGGCAAUUGCUGCAAUCCCUCUUCUUGUGAUCUACUAUGUUGAUUUUGGCGUCACGUCCGUCCUCAUCCCAAACUUCAUCCGCAAUUCGUUCCACAUUGCUGGCACAGCCGUCGAUCUCGGCAUUUUUUACUACCUGUACAUGGGUGCAGUUGCCAUAUUCUGCCCGAACUCCGUCAACAUUCUCGCCGGAAUUAACGGCCUAGAGGUCGGCCAGACCGUUGUUAUUGCCGCUCUCCUCAUCCUCAACGACCUGACUUACCUAUUUAUGGGAGAUAUCGCCUCUGCUGCCUACUCCGUGCAUCUUUACUCCUGCUCAAUGCUCAUUCCUUUCAUGGGAGUCGCACUGGCACUCCUCCGGUUCAACUGGUACCCGGCCCGGGUCUUUGUGGGUGACACCUGGUGCUACUUCUCGGGCAUGGUGUUUGCCGUGGUUGGAAUCUCGGGCCACUUUGCAAAGACCUUGAUGCUUUUCUUCGUUCCUCAAAUUUUCAACUUUAUCUACUCGGCCCCGCAGCUUUUUGGCCUUGUGCCGUGUCCCAGGCACAGACUCCCGCACUUCAAUGCCAAGGACGGUCUCAUGUACAACUCGUGGACCGAGUACACAGUGGAAACCCCUGUGAAGCCCGUUAUGGCUGCAGUUUUCCCCAUUCUGGAGAGAUUGAAGCUCAUCCGGCUUGUCCGCAACCCGCAGGGCCGGAUUGCCAAGUCUUCUAACAUGACUCUCAUCAAUCUAGUGAUCAUUUGGUUCGGACCAAAGCGUGAAGAUGUGCUCUGCGAGAUUAUCCUACUUCUGCAGUUUCUGGUCGGCUUCGUGAUGCUCGCACUGCGCCACACCGUCAUCCCGAUCCUAUUCGGCUUCGACAACUCCUGGAACAUGCUACAGAGGUUCUACAUGUGA